AUGUCAAAAGAGAAGGGAAAAUUCAAGUUCACCUAUGAUUGGUUUAAGUACUUCAUUCCUGAUUGGGAAAAUUGUUUAUCCCAUCUUAAAAGUAAAAAAAUCAAUGUUCUAGAAAUUGGAGCUUUUGAAGGAAGGUCAACAACUUGGAUUCUAGAAGAGUUGUUCAAUAAUCCUGAAUCAAAAUUGAUAUCGAUCGAUCCCUUUGAAGAUACAUUUUUAGAUGUCAAAAAUUAUGAAGCAACAUUUCAUGAAAAUAUUAAAAUGACGGGCAAAGAGAAACAAAACGAAGUUAUGAAGUGUUUAUCUUCAGAUGCGCUUAUUAAAUUAAAUCAUGAGUCAAAGAUUAAAUUUGAUUUUAUUUUUAUUGAUGGAUCACAUACUGCUAAUGAUGUAUUAGCGGAUGCCGUUUUAGCGUGGAAUCUCUUAAAGGAAGAUGGAAUUAUGAUUUUUGAUGAUUAUGAAUUAGAUCGGUAUGAAGAAGAAUAUAAUAAUGCAAAAAUAGCAAUUGAUUCAUUUCUUAAAUGUUAUGAACCGCAAAUAGAACUGAUUCAUAAAGGUUUUCAAGUUAUUAUUAAGAAAAUUAACAAAGAAAAAAGUCAAAAAGAAAGAGAAGAUUUUUUAGAGAGAAUUAAACGGGUUUUUUGGGACUAA